UCCAAAAGCUUGACUAAUUGAGAGUUAAAGUCUUCUGUCCCCAUUUUGGCAUUUGCUGUCGACUAUUGAUUGCUUUCAUUUAUUGCCAUUGUGCUAUAUUUCCCUGACUAGUUAGAAACUUGUUAGCCCCGUUAACGUUCUUCUUCCCUACCCAAAUUUUUAGCAUGCCAAAAUCAAAAGCAAAACUUCCAUUGUUUGGCUUCAUGGUCGCUUUUGCUUUAUUUCUAAUUCUAUUCCCUGCUGCUUGCCUCGCUACUAGGCAUCGGCACGAGGACUGCGGCUUUGCUUUCUGUGGAAACGUUAAUAUCAGUUAUCCAUUCCGAUUAAAAACCCAACCUCGCCACUGUGGCUACCAUAAGCUUGAAUUGGAGUGCGAGAAUAACAACCGCACUACUUUGGUCGCGAAAAAUGGGAAAUUCUCUGUUCAAGAAAUCUUUUAUGAAAAUUAUACAAUGCGAGUCAUCGAUGCAAGCCUCGACAGGGAUGAUUGCAACUCCUUUCCUCUUAGUUCCUUGGUUUCGUAUGUUGGCUGUGAUUUUUUAUUUUAUGAUUUUGUUUCUUCUCCUGGAAUUAGCUUUAUGUAUGUUGUAAAUUGCACAAAACCAAUGAAAUCUUCUAUCUAUGUUGAAGCCUCUCGUUGUACCAACAAAUCCAAUAGCUCUUCUAGCCCAAGUUCCUAUUUCUACUUUUUAGAUAUAAAUACCCCGCCAUCUGAUUUUGAUCAAUCUUGCCCAGUCGAAGCCCAGAUUCCAAUUACAGUUAAUAGUAUCUCAGGGAUGUCUACGCUGGAAAUCUACAAGAACCUAUCAAAGGGUAUUUUGCUCUCAUGGGAGUACUACAAUGGAACCUGCAGCUACAAAGCUUCAUUACAAGAUGUAUUGGACCUUGUGCGAUAUGGCUUGACGAUUUAUUUGCAGAGCUUUUUAAAUUUCUUUCUCCACGGCCCCAAGAUAACCUCUGAUCUAACAUAUAAAAGAACUUAUAUUUUGUGUCUUGGAGCAACAGGUGGAGUUAUCUUACUGAGGACUUUGAUUGGUGUACUAUGUUUGCUUGCUCUUGUUAUGUACAAAUGGAGAAAGAGACAUUUAUCUGCGGAUGAUGCAAUUGAAGAGUUCCUUAAAGGCCAAACCAAUCUAGCACCGAUUAGGUAUUCUUUUAAAGAAAUUAAAAAAAUGACUAAAAAUUUUAAAGAUAAAUUGGGUGAAGGGGGCUAUGGCUCGGUGUUUAAAGGAAAGCUUCGUAGUGGGCAUCAUGUGGCAAUAAAAUUGUUGGGCAAGUCGAAGGGUAAUGGCCAAGAUUUCAUAAAUGAAGUCGCUUCUAUUGGGAGAAUUCAUCAUGUUAAUGUGGCAAAACUUAUUGGAUUUUGUGUGGAGGGAUCAAAACAAGCUCUUGUAUAUGAUUUCAUGGUAAAUGGAUCUUUAGAUAAAAUCAUAUUUUCAGAAGAAAAUAAGAACACUCUAGGUUGGAAAAAAAUGUUUGAUAUUGCGCUUGGGGUGGCUCGAGGAAUUGACUACUUACAUCAAGGAUGUGACAUGCAAAUUCUGCAUUUUGAUAUCAAGCCACACAAUAUUCUGUUAGAUGAGAACUUUAAUCCAAAAGUUUCGGAUUUUGGUCUUGCUAAAUUGUAUUCAGUUGAGGAUAGUAUUGUCUCUCUCACUGCAGCACGAGGAACAAUAGGAUAUAUUGCUCCAGAAUUGGUUUACAAAAAUAUUGGAGGGAUCUCAUACAAAGCUGAUGUUUAUAGUUUUGGAAUGUUACUGAUGGAAAUGAUUGGAAGGAGAAGGAAUUUGAAUGCAUUUGCUGACCACUCUAGUCAGAUAUAUUUUCCAUCAUGGAUUUAUGAUCGAUUGGAUCGAGGAGAGGACAUAGAGCUGGGAGACAUUAGUGAUGGUGAAAAAAUAAUGGUGAGAAAGAUGGUCGUAGUAGCAUUUUGGUGUAUACAAUUGAUGCCUGCCGAUCGUCCUUCAAUGAGUAAAGUCUUGAAGAUGCUUGAAACUGAUGUUGAGCUCCUUGAAAUGCCUCCCAAGCCAUUUUAUCAACUUCCCCUUGAAACAUCAAGUGAGAUCCAUGGUUGUGAGAAUCCGAUUGACGAGCCAACUUUGUCAAUGCACGCUGACUACAUAGAAGAAGCUUAAAUGUCGUGUAAUGUAGCUUAAAUAAAAUGUAAGUUGCUUAAAUGUUAUCCAAGUUGACUUUGAUUUUUCAAUGGAUGUUAUCCACGUUGCUUGACUAAUUUGGGUAAAUUGUUCCCUACACUGACUCUGAUUUAUCAAUGGAUGACCUGCUUGGUUGCUUUAAUAUACAUCCAUGAAGGACAAAAAGGUUCAGUGCUUCUAUCCAUAUAUGGCUCAUUUCAUGAUUUCUUGUAGAUUAAUUAUAAUAAUUUUUGUAAUUCAUGUUAUAUAUUACUGUCAGACACUAUGUAUACCUUCUCAUAAAAAUUAUGUAUUUAUUCA